AAUACUGGCUCCUCUGACUUUGUCUGACACUGGUUUCAGCUCCGGACAAAGAUCUAAAGACCAGUAAACGGUAUGGUCCGCGUAAAAACUGUACACUAAAUGGUCAACUUACUUUCUGAACAAUUUUCAAAUGUAUAUUAAUAUUAUGGUAGAUCUGCUAAGAACCUGUUAAAUAACUUUUCAACUAAUACUAAUAACUUACAGUACUUACCCUCACUGACUGUUACUGUUACACUUACACUACACUAAUAAAAUGUAUAGUAUAGGCAGUAUAGGCCUAAAUAGUAUAAUUAUAAUGUUUUGCCUAUUGAUACUCUGAUAAUUAAAAAAUAUGUUCGAAUUAUUAGUUAAAUCACUAUAUUAAUUCUACUAUUUCAUUUGUUUAUUAUUUUCAUUCUAAUUGAAAUUGUUGAUGUUUCCACUUUGAAUUUCAAGCUUGCAGAUUUAAAAAAAAAAAAAAAAUGUAGUUAAAGCAGUGUUCCGGUGUAAGUAACCAUGAAAAAUGGGCAUUGAAAAUAGCAGACCAGUGUUGAUAGUGAGUGAUAUAGGUACACCUGUUGAUGAUGACAAUGCUUUGUCAAAUGAUGGCACUGGGGAUAACAGAGAUUCUGUGCAUGCCAGGGAUUCUGUGUAUGUCAAUCCCUCCUAUAAUACACAGCUGAGAAAUACAAUACAAGACAUCUUUGUUGAAAACAUCAGAGUACAUAAUGUUAUUCAUGUGUUUCACAAGUACAAUCCUAAAGUGCUGACAGAGGAGGAUAAAGUAAGUUUCCAAUGGGAUCUGAGUGGAUUCAAAUUAAUUUUUUUUACUGUGCUCUUUUCAUACAGCUUAAUUAACAAGUCAGUGGUUCUCAACCUUUUUACAACAUAGUAGUAAUAAUUAUAACUAAACUUUGACACACCACAAGAUUUUAAGAUAUAACAGUCCCAGUUCUCAUCAAUAAAGUAUGUUUGAUAAUUUGUAUUCCCCACCUUUCUGUCACAAUAUUUCAAAAUAUGGGACACCCCCUCCCUGAAAGUAUGUCACACAUUCAAACUAACAUUGGAAAAAAAAAUACAAGUAAUUAAAAUAUAAUAUAAUACACUACGCAAUUAAAGGAUUAAAGUUAUAUAUAAGACAUCUUCUGUCAGAAUGUAUACUUAUACAUCACUGCAAAAAGUUGCCAUAAUGAAUUUCAGGUUUUAUAUGUAAAAUUUAAAAAAAUGUGUACAUCAGAUAUCAUCAACCCCCCCCCCCCCCACAAAAAAAACACAAACAAUCACACUUUCUUAGACCCCCUUCUCCCCAUGGCCAUGGAAGCUUGACAUACUUUAUGGACAUCACCAACGCCUAUAACAUGGAGACUUUUCUAUCAAAUAAAUUAUUUUUAAACUGGUAUUGUGCUAGAUUAUAUUUAUUAUAUUAUGUUCAAAUAUUAUUUAGAUACAAUGCCCAAAAUUUUAUUUUAUACUUUGAUUUUUUUAUUUCAUUAACAUUAAAUUUUGGUGACACACCUGAGCUAAGAAUCUUUAGUGGGACAAAUUGCUUGUACUGAAAAAUGCAACACUGUUCUAAAGUUUGUCUCUAUUGAUUUUAUUUCCAGACAGACAUAUAAUAGAAAUGAUCUUAUUUAGAAAGUACUAUAACUUUAGAAUUCAUUACAAAGCUUUAAAACCCUCUAACUUGGUAUUCUAUUUCCAGGAACAAAUUACAAUAACACUCGGAGAAAGAGAGAAAAGCCGAAAACUGUUACAUUGUCUUGUAACAUAUGAAAAUUGGUUUAAUUGUUUGUUAAAUGUUCUUGAAGAUAACAAUGUGAAACAAAAUCAUCUGGCCGUGGCCUUUCGAAAUAAGAAAAGUAUAUCGUAAUACAUCUUUAUGUUAUUUAUGUAGUUAUUUAGACCCUAUAUUUUAGUAGGCAACACCUAUCAUACCACAUACUGCAGCCAUAUUUAAAUUCACUUACCAGUACUUUUUAAAAAAUUGUAUUUAUUUUUUAAAAUUAUUAUGUAAAAUUAAAGAUUUGUUCAUUAUGAAAUAAAAAAUCAAUAAAUUAAUAUUUUUACAAAUAAAAUGUAAGUUUAUUUAAAGAUUCAGUUAAUAAUGCAUUUAUGGUUCUCACAUAUAAAAUUUAACACAGUAUGUGGUUCACUUAGUGGUGAGAAUAUUAUUUUGAAGUUGUUUAAUUUGAAAUGCAUGCAAAAUAUAACUUAUGUAUUGUUUUAUAUAUUUCAGAGGAUUUAGAUGACCAAUUAUUAGAAACUGAAUUUGAGGUAAGCCAUACUUAACUGUCAUUUCUUGAAAGGUAACUAUUCUUUAAUGUCAUUUCUUGAAAGGUAACUAUUCUUUAAUGUCAUUUCUUGAAAGGUAACUAUUCUUUAAGUCAUAAUCAUAGGGUACAAAAUAUUUUUUUCCUAGCAUGGUUUGAUUUUUGUCUGUUAGUUUUUUUACAGUUUUGUAAAACAAAUGUUCCUUCCUUGUGAUUCAUAUUCUUGGGGAAGAGUCCUCAAAUGAGCAACUACUUUUGUCUGUGUUUUACUUAUGCAGGGUAAUUUUCGUUUUUAAAUCACCGAUAUUAUUUCCCUUUUGGUCAAUGUAUGAUUGUUAGCCCUUCAUUAUUUUGAAAUCUAACCAAAUGUAUUGUAUUUCUUAUUUCUACAUUUUUUAUAUUAUAACUAUUUUUCAAACAUUUUUCAAACUAUUUUUAAAUGUAUUAUUUCAGAAUGAUGGUAGUGUAGAGGUGCCUGAAGGUAUUUGUAUACUUUAUUCAUUUCAAAAGUAGAUGACAGUUGAAUUCAAGUUAAUAAAUAUCUCCUAGUGCAAUCUGCAUUGCACUACUUCCAAUGUAGGAGGAAUGCACGCUAAUAAACAUACACAAUCUGUAAUCAUUAAUUUAAGGAGUUUUUAUCCCUAUGUAAUGAAAAGAAAUCUUUCUAAUUUUUUUAAAAUGAAAAUAUCUUUAUUGUGAUUUAAUUUCUGUAUCUUCAUUUUUGUUUAAAAACUGUUUUUCAAAAUUUUGUUGUUCUUACAGAGCAAAGGGAAUCUUAUAGUCUUACCAAGGAAAAUCAACGUCUGAGAAUAAAGCUAGGUAUACUAAUAUUUGUUUUGAGAUGAAGGCGUGGCACAUAUAUUUUUUCUUGACAUGAGUAGUAGGGAAAAGACAUGUUAUUUUAUAGGCUUAUUUUAUUUUAUUUUUUUAUUAUACAUACUGUUUGGUUUUAGGUGGUUGGUGUCUCUGUGUGAAGAAUAUAACCCAUUUAAAUAUUUAGUUCGCCACAUAGAACUAAAAAAAUCAUCAAGGUAUUAAAUUGUGAAUGACUUUUUAACACACUAAUAAAAUAAAUUGUAGGCCUUCACUUUAAAUAAAAGAAGCUAAACAAGUAAAAAAGCAGAAUUCUCAAAAGAACAUUUAAAAAACAUUUCAUUUAAAUGUAUCCACAGAGAAAUCACAACACUUACAGGCACAAGAAAAAAUGCUACGUAAAGAAUGUGAAGAACAGAUGAAUAAAUUAAAAAAUGGUAAGAAUAAGAAAGAUAAUUUCCAGUUCAUUUAUGAAUAUUUGUCAAAGUUAAUUUUUUUUGCAAGCAAUCAAGUAAUUGCCCAUUUUAGGGAAAUAAUAUCUAUUUUUAUGUCAUCUAGGUCUACAAUUUACGUCUCAAACUUAUUUUUGCAUAUUACUUUUUCUUACAACCAAAAUCUACAAGUAAUCAUAAACACUAAGAUAGAGUCAACAUAGUGUCCUUUUAUAGUGAAAUUAUUGUAAUGCCAAUUUCCCUUAAACAUAAAAAAAGAGAAAAAAACAUUUAGGAAAAAAAAAAAUAAUGAAAAGACAUUUGGGGGAAAAAAUGCAAAAGAAAAAAAGUGGAUGGAUUGUUGAUCAUGGAGAUUUUGCAUACGGAUGCGUGUGAGAAGAGAUGGCAGAAUAUGUACAUAGUAUAGUAGCUAGGGUUAAUGUCACCUGUGUUGGACCAAGGUUUUUCCACAACCUGCCUCCCCUCCUUUCAAAUAAAAAAAUUGUCGCCCGUUUUGGACUGCCUUGUCCGCACCCUUCUUCCUAAGCCACAGAGUAUGUACAUUAUGAUCUUGCAUCGAAAGGGAAAGGCAAAUGCGGUACUUUUUCCUAUUUUUGGAGGGGCAACAUUUUGGCCAACUGCAUAGUUUGUUUGUGAAAGGGUCUGAAAACAUUUUGGCCUUCCCCGGGCAGUACUAACCUUAUUUACAUGAUUAUAUUUAUGCAAUCAUUCUGCAUUAAUUAUCCUGAAAUUCUUAAAGUCUAUAAAAAGCCUAUAUAUAUCACUAAAAAGUUAACUGUUAUACAAAAAUUUGGCUAAUCUGUUACAGGUAUUUCUAAUUAGUUUUGCUGCAUUAGUUUUUAGCCUAGUGACGUACUGUAGUCCACCGUAUGCCUCUCAGUGCAUGUGACAUAUAUUGUGAUGUAAUAAUAAUUUAGAUAGACAGCAGUCGCAUAAAGUGGUGUAAACCACUUGUUAAUGCCUGAAUUUCAUGCUAUUUUUUGUUUGUUUUACUGAUGAAAGUUUUACCAGAAACAUCAUAAAUUUGUCAUUUAUCUUAAAUUAAAGCUUAUUUAUCCUUUCUAAAAUUUUAUUAUAAUUCUUAUUAUUACAGUGGUCUGCUAUAGUGUGGUACCCCAGCCUAGGGCUGGGCUCAUCACCCUGCACAUAAAAAUAUUAGCAAACAUAAUCUUGACCAAAAAAAAAAUUUUAAUUUUAAAAAAUAGUUUUGUUUUAUUGAUCUAAAGUUUUACCUAGUAUCAGGCAUGGUGACCCUGGACAGCAGGGCUCGGGGGCGGUGUCAGGCAUGGUACCCUGUGGUAAGGCAAAGGGGGCAGUGUCAAGCAUUGUGCCUCUGGAUUGCGGAAGCCCAGAGUGGGGGGGGGGGGGUUUUCAGGCGUUUGGGGAAUUUAUUCCCUGCCAUUGCCAGGGUUUUAUUUGGAUUUUUUAAUUAGCGGCUAAUGUUUUUUUGUUUGCCUUAUUUGUACAGGGCUCGGGGGCGGUGUCAGGCAUGGUACCCUGUGGUAAGGCAAAGGGGGCAGUGUCAAGCAUUGUGCCUCUGGAUUGCGGAAGCCCAGAGUGGGGGGGGGGGAUUUUCAGGCUAUUGGGGAAUUUAUUCCCUGCCAUUGCCAGUGUUUUAUUUGGAUUUUUUAAUUAGCAGCUAAUGUUUUUUUGUUUGCCUUAUUUGUACCGGUGCAUUUCUUUAUAGCAAUUUAAUUUAACAAUAAUAACUGCCAUAACUCAAUUAUUUUCUCGUUUAUUUAUUUUAUUUCAAUACCUAUUAUCCAGAGGUGCAGGGACUUAUUUGAAAAUUGAUAAGGGGUGAUGCGCUUCAAAAAUAUUAAGAAACCCUGGUGAAUUGGUUUAACUGCUGUAAGGAUGUUUUCCAUCUCUUUGAUGAGUUACAUCCGAUGUUGACCACAUGCAUGUGCAAGUAUGAAUGUCAAAUCCCGGGGACUAAGGCACUUAAAUACCUGCCCACCCCCAACUAUUACAAUAUAAUUUUAUUAGGUCUUUAGAGGCAGUGUCCUUUGUUGAUCAGGUAUUAGAUUCAAGUAUCCAUAGUCUAUUAUAUGCCAUUACAUCUUCUACAUAGAACAAGCUGCCAUCAAUAAAAUUCGUAUGGAAGCAAAAGAUGACCUCGAAUCCCAGCUAAGUAUGCUCAUGAUUGUUUCUUUUAUGUAAACAAAACUUAAUUAAAGGAUAAUGCUAUAAAUCUACAUACUUUUCCAAGGGAUAACUAAUGGCAUGCUCACAGUGAGACCCACAGUUACAUUUAUUUUUUACCAGUAGCACAAAUAAUCUUAUUUAUAUUCCAAAACAAAGAAACAAAAUAUGUUUAAAUGCAUUCAAUAUUUUUUCGCUAAGCUGUCCAAAUGUUUAAAACUUAAUUAAAGGCAUGCAUAUGAUAAAAGAUAAAUGUUGAUGGAAUGGUUCUAUGCAUAUUUGUCAGCCGCUAAUUAAAAAAAAAUUAAAUACAAGUAGCUCUAUCCUAGUCAGUUUACUUUAGUCUUGUAAUCGUAAUUUAUUUUUUUUUAAAGCCCUUUAAAAAAACUAAUUUAUUAUAUAAAUUUUGAGUUCUUAAAAAUUAAUUACAAUAUUAUGAUUCGAUUUUAUUUAAAUAGCAUGCAAAGAAAAUUAAAGUUCUUAAAAAUGAUUUGUCAAGUGUCUGUCACUUCUACUUCUAUGCUUUAUAUUAAACUUAAAUCUUAUAUCAGUGAUUUCGCUUGCUAAACCAUAGAUUCUAGUUCUUUGGGAUUGAAAAUUAAACAAAUAAAAAUCUACUUUUCAAUUUUAAUACCGAUAGCCUAUCCUUUACUUUGUUUGAUAUCCUAGGGAAUUUUAGAAAAGAAAAUGAUAUUGAUAGGGAGGCCUGGAAACAUUAGGAAACAUUGGAGAAGUUGUUUGAAAGCAGUAAAUAAUGCAUUUAUAACUUACUAAAAAUUAUUUAGUUAAUAACUUUCCUACAUAUUAAAAAAAACAAUGGCACAUUAAAUUUCUUUUAAGGCAAUAUUUAAGAUCAACCAUAAUGAAUAAGAAUAUUUUGGGGGGAAAAUGAUGCAUAAAUUGCCUGUUGUAAAUUUUUUUGACUAUACAGUAGUAUACAUUUUGGUUUUAACAAAUUUAUUUUAACAUUUAUUAAUUUUUUCUAUUUUUUUUUCAAACUUUUGCAGAGAAAGUAGAGAUAAAACAAAAUUUAGAAAUGGAGCAUCAAGCAAAAUUAGAGGCCAUGAGAAAUGGUAAAUCUAAAUGUACACUUUUAAAUAAAGAAUACUUAUUUUCAUUCAAAUUUAAUAUUUUUUUAGAAAUUCAUUGAUAAUGAUAUCCAACUUCUAGCAUAUUAGUAAUACACAUCACUUUUUAAGUCUAAUUCAUUUUUAAGUUUCAAAAAAUUUUGUAAGACAGAGAUCAAAGUUAAAUUAUUUACUGCAAUCUGUUAUCUUUUUAUUAAUAGUUGAAUAGAUGAAUUAAGAAGCCAUUUACUCUUCUUUUCCCCCUUUGCUUUUUAUUCCAUAAAUAGAUGAGAAAAUUGCCAUGGAAGCUCGAAACGUUGAAGUAAAAUCAUUGACAAGACGGUUAGGUGCAUUGAAUUUCUAAAUCUAUUACUAAGUUUAUUUUAAAUUUCUUGUCAUAACUAGUUGGAGAAUUUUUAAAAUUUAUUUGUACUCUUUUCAACUACUAAUAAUGUAUUUUCUAUAAGCAAAUUAUAACAUAAAAAAACCCCACAAAAAAAAAUAAGUUUAUUUCCAUUUAGUUAUUGAGGCAGGAUGUAUAUUAUGUAGCUUUUGAUAAUAUAUUUUGCCACUUUUAAAAUCUAGUCUAAGAUUCCCUAUGUCUGCAAAUCUUCUUCUACAGAAUGUUUGAGCAAAAAGUAUAAAGAUGUGGAGAAAGCCAAUGAACAGGCUGAGGCUAGGCUUAAAGAGAGAGAGACUGGUAAACAACUACAUCUAUGUUGAGAAAAUAAAAGUCAAUAAUCCUUUUAACCAAACACCUUUUAAUCACAAUUGUGGAAAUUUAGAGUGGCAUAAAAUUUGAAAGGCCAUUUCUGGGUAUUUACUUGGAAAACAAUCAGUUGUAAUUAUAUACUACCUGGAUUACACUACUUUAGAACUUAAAUUUGAAAAAUGCUCUAGUAUUACAACUAGUAUAUAUUUCUAAUAAGCAAACUGUGUUACUUAAUAAGAAAUUAAUUAAUUUAAUCACACAGUUUUAUAACUUUUGGUUAUUGAAUAUUUGACUUAUGCACAUUUAAUUGUAGUAUUGUAAUUUUUUAUUUUUAAAAUAUAUUUUGAAAAAUAUAGUAUUGUGGUUUGAUAAAUAACAAAAAAAUGCAUUAUUUCUUAUUCUUCCAUAGUUUUGUUGAAUGAUUUCAAAUAUAUUUUGAAAAAAUAAGAGUAAAUAUUUUAAGGAUUAAGGCGAUUCAUGAAUGAGCAGUGUAUGGCUAUGUUCCACAUUUUAAAAACUGAGAAGAAGUGAAAAUUUUUAAAAUAUUUUGUAUAGUAGCCCUUGUUAAAUUAUAUUAAAUUUCAGGGUAGUAAGCAAAAACUCAGAAAUAUAAUUAUUGUAUUGCUUUAUUGCUGUUUUUUUUUUUACAUUUUAGACCACACUGAUGAAAUUAAGUCAAAGACUGAGCAGAUAGGUAACAAACAAUAAGAUUAAUCUAAGAAUUAAACUCUAAACAGCUUUAAUAAACAUUAAAAAUGUUUUUAACUUUUGUUUGAUCCUUUUGAAUUAAUUUUCAAAUGAUUGUGUACUUUUUAAAAAAUUUUUCUUGGAAACAAAAAAAGGCUAUGCAUAUGUUUUGGGAAUUUAUUUACUAAUGUAAGCCGAUUGUUUCUAUAUACAUAUUGACUUAAUUUGAAUCAAAUUGCUAAAUUAUGAUUAUCUUUCCUCAGAGAACCUAAAAUUAGCAUUGAGUGCAAUUAAAGAAAUGUAUGACCAAUAUAAGGUUAAAAUGAAAAAUUUACAAAUGGGUAAGCAUUCAAACAUUAUAUUGAGAACAACUAGUCAAACAACAUUUGUUAUAUGUCAUUUCUUUAUUGUCUUUUUUCAUUCACAUUCAAGUAACUUGUAACUUUAAAUUUAAUAUUAUUAGAGGGAAAAAAAACAACAACUAUAAUUUAAGAAAGCAUUUCAAAAAAAUAUUUUUAUAUAUAUUUUCUGAUAUAUUUAGAGACGGACAGAAUGUGAUUUUCUGGUAUGGGUCGAAAAAGAAACAAAACCGAAAGUUAAAAUAGAUAAAAACAAAAGCUUAACAAGACUUUGAAACGAAAUAUUUAGAUAUUUAGAAAUUCAUUUGGAUAUGUAGAAAAAUCAUGGGAGAAGUAUCAAUAUUUAUGCUAUUUUUUAUUAAGAACGAGAUUGUCGUGAAAUUUAAUAUAUAAAAAUCUAAUGAAUAUGCUUUUUUACAAUUUGAAUUACAAAGUAAUUUAAAGUUGUAAAAAAUGUAAUUUAAAGUAGUAUGGUGAGAAAAGUAGUAUGGUGAGAGAAAAAUGUUGACUUGGGGGGGGGGGGGAAUUCAUGCUACAAAGACACUUGGGCUUUGCUUUUAUAAAAUAAUAACAACGCUACCUAGACAUGUUUGGUAUUAAUUGCAAGCUAAGCCUAUGUAUUGUUUAAUGGUAUGGACCAUUGAAAUGUCCAAACAUAAACCUUGAAGUAACUCUUUGUUCCGCUAAACCAUACAUUUUCGUUGAAACACACAUUCUUAUUGGUUGGUUAACAUUUAAAUUUUUUGUUUAUCCGCAAUUAUCAUUUAUCGGCUAAUUUUAGAUUUGAUCCAGAAUAAACAAAAUUUGAACGAAUGUUGAGCUAAAUUUUUAAAAAAGAGGGACACGUGAAUUUUAAUAUUUUUAUUGAUGCAUGAGAAAAUUUUUUAUAUCAUUGAAGAAUGCUUAAAAUAAAAAAAUUCCCCAUCACUCUUAGUUCCAAAAUAAGCAGCAGAAUAAUGUUUAAAUUUUCUGUAAUUAUUAUUUUUUCUUCUCUAUUUUGAAAAUUUUACAAAGUGUUUAUUAAUUUUCAAAGGCCUUUACAGGUAAUCUGUAUAAUUUUUUACACUUUACAAAACUAAUAAUCCAGUGCCGUUAAGGUCUUGCACUCAGGAUUAUGCAUUUCUGUGGGCCACAUCUUGCCCAUCCUGGCUUUAAUUAAAUGAUAAGGUUAUUUGAAAUUAAUUCAUUAAAAAUAAUUUUAAAGGGGCAGUUAAUUUUUGCAUUAUUCACUAACUGUUUCAAAAUGUGGAAGCCUAGAGAAGACGAGCUUUCAUUCAGUUGAUAUUUUUUUUUUAAAUUGUAUUUUAUUCCUAAAAAAAUAUUUUUAAAAUAAAUUCCUCUGCUCUGUUACUUCUGUCAUAGAAACUGAAGAAAAUGCUGAAUUGUACAAUUCAAACAUUGCAAGAUUAAAGGAAGAAAUAGGUAAGAUAAUUAAAGUACUUUCUCUGAAAAAUACAUGGCCUUUUAUGUUUCAGAUUUAAAACACUGGGAGCCUGAUAUAAAAUUUAACAAAAUUUCUAUCAGUUAUUUUCUUAAGAAGUUAAACUUAAUUAUUGAAAUAAAAUUUUGUUGUUAAAAACAAAUUUCUAUUUUUUAGAAUGCUUCAAGAUAAACUACUAUAAAGAAUUGAAUCUUCGUAGACAAAUCCAAGAACAGAUUUUGGAUUUCAAAAAAUGGUAAGUUUUUAGGGUGCCUGUCAGUUGCAAAAAAAUAAACACUAUGAACAAUAUUCCAUACCAGAAUUAUUAAUAAUCAUCAAAGAAUUGAGUGAAGUGUCGAUCUUUAAAUAAAGUUUCAAUUUUCUUUAUUCAUUGACUUUUUCAUUUAAAUAGUUUUACAAUUUAUCAGCAAUAUUUUCCUUAAAUAGAAAUUCAUUUUUUUCCCCUCUGACAAGCAAAUUUUUUAAAACUCAGUAAACUAAUUUAAUAAGUUUACCACCCCACACCCCAACUACAAUAUGAUGAAAAUAACAUUUGUUAUAACUUAUAGUCUAUCAAGGAAGAUGUUUAAAAAAAAUAAAUAAUGUUAUUUAUAUUUUUAAAACAGAAAUUGACAUAUUAUUUAAGCCUCUGCGCCCAAUUCUUAUCCAAACUCUGGUGGAGUCUGAGAAAGCUAUAUAUAGCCUUGGCUUACUCGAUGGGGACAAACUCCAUUUUUGUCAUAAAACAUUGCUGCUUUUUUGGACUUUCUAUUUACCUUAGCCACCCAUGCCCCUAUAUCACAGAUUUCAUAGGUUAAGCUUGGCACUGAUCUGGAAAUGCUAAAGCAGGAUCAAACAGCCAUUGUGGCCAUGGUCUUAAAUGAACCACAAAAGGACCUCAGGGUGACAUUCAUUUCAUUUGGGGCUGCUCAGAUCUUUAAUCUUCAUUCCAAUUAAUUCAGUUUUACCAUUGAAUAGUUGGCACAGGCGUUUCUAGAAGUUUUAUAUAUUUUUGAAAUUAUAAAUUAUUUAUCAGUGAUUGUAUUUGUCCCUUUAAGCUUUUUGAAAACACAAGAUCCUUGUAAGGGAAAUAUAUAUGAGGGGGACACUAAACCUUGACAAUUUAAACCUCUGCAUAUGUAAAUAGAGUAGUCCACAGGAUCAUAAAUCUGUUUGUACAAGUAGGUUUUUUGCAGCAGUAAAACUUCAACCAAGUCAUAUUCAUAUAUGGACAGUAAAUAUAUUUUCAUAAUUAUUUUUCUAUUCAAUUCUGCUAUAUAUAUAUACUAAAUGCUAUUCAAUUUUUUUUCUAUAUUCCAGAAACACUUCAUUUGCUGACAUUGCAAUGUUUUAAAACUAAAUUUGACAACACUGACAUCAUUUUGAUAUGCCUGUGAUAUUUAUUUCUUAUAUUUUGGAAAUGUUGGAAAAUGGAAAUAGGAUUAAAUUUUAUAUAUUUUUUUGUGUUAGUAGGUAAACCUCCAGCCAGACAAAGCUAAACAAAUUUUAAUGCUCCAAUGUAAUAAUAUAAAAAGAAUAAAUAAACAUAUGUAAAUUUAGACACAUGUAUUACAAUAUGUAACAUUAUCCUGUCAACAUUGUAAUUAUAACUUAAUUGAAUUUAGAAGACUCUGUAAAAUUUUCUACCAGCUCAUCUUAUAAAAUGGCAGCUCCUGUUUGAACGGAUAGUAACUAAUUCUAAAAAUUAACCUCAUAAAAGCUGUAAAAAUGUUUUCUUGUCAAAUGCGCACAUGACAGAUUAUCUUGCACAGAAAACUCCAACGACAUAAAUUACUGCUCACACUGACAGAUAGAUGUGUACACCAAAAGUCGCACACACAAAUCAAUUGUAAAUGCAAUACUUUAUGAAAGACUUGAGCGGGCCGCAAGAAAAUGGGAAAGGGGGAAAAGCUAUUAAGAAAAUAAUAAUAAUGAAGAAUUUUUCGUUUCUUCACUGACGGCAAAAUGGGUGCUGGCGGGCCACAUAUGGCCCUGGGAUCGUAUGUUGUGUAGGCCUGACCUAAUUACUGCAUUACCGGGAUUUAAAAAUAAUUAUUCUGAUCAACAGACUAAAUUAUUUUAUUCUAAUUUUUUCUUUUCAACUAAUAGUCAUUUUGAUAGAACAAAAAAGUUUGUUUUAAAAACAUUUAAUAAAGAUUGUAAUUUUUUCUUUUUAAAUUUUAUUUUAACUUUUUAUGAACAAAGUUAUCACCUGUAUUGUAAAAGUCAUUACAUAAAGGAUUACCUUAGUCUACAGGCAUACUUCAGUCUACAGGCCUUCUAAAUUCUACAUAAGCUUUAUUGAUAUUAGCUUUAUAAUGGAAAGCUAAUUUGUACGUACACAGAAAAAGGAGGGGGGGGGGAGUAUACAAUAACGGGAGGAGGGAGAGUUUGCCUUUUGUUUGCUAAUGGCCCUUUAUUGGUCAUUUAAAAAGGUAGGUCAAACAAAAGACAUUGUCCUUUCUAUAAGUGAUGAUGACAAGUGAUGAAUGAAUAAAUAACAUUUAUAUGUCAUAAGCAGACGAUUGAUUGAUAUAGGCCUAUUCUCGGCCUCUAAUAAAUUUGCAAAGAUGAACAAAAUAAAAUGAGUAAAACAGAGUAUGGUUAAACCUGAAAAAUUAAACUCAACAAAACAGCGAACGUGUCGGCAGAAAGCCUUCGUCAGCGAACAAAACAACAGAAAAAACGUUAUAAAAAUAAGAAAUAGCACUUAGCUGGUAAGUAGUAUCUGUGGGCAGCAAUAGAAGUCAAAGAUGAACAAGGUGGAGUUUAUAUGACAUCAUAAGAUUUAUAUAUCCUUUUUAUCAUUCAUAUUUAACUUUCUGCUGUGAUGGAUGUAUUCUGAAAGACUAUGUCACUUCGUAAUGCCUAAUUUUAAUAAUAAAGUGUGUUUUA